ACUCCAACUACAACAACCAGCAGCAGCAGCUGUCACACUUGCUUUAAGUUUAAGCCUGUUAUCCCAUGUUGUUGUUUAAACGUUCUCUCCAAGCCUUUGGAGAGGUUGAAGCUGCUGUGGUGCACUUCCUUGUCCUUCAUGACCACCAUUCAAGGCCAGUUGAAUAUGGUAAUUCACUUGCCCACACAGAUUAGAAAGAAGAAGCUUAGUGGGCAACAAAAGAGACAAGAGCUUGAAAAAGAGAUUUCUACGCUUAGCAAAAUGCUGGAUCAUGAACAGAAGGUGCAUGAAAUUUUGGAGCAAGUACAUAGUCAACAGGAUGUUUCCUCCCUGUGUAUCCCAAACUUCCUUCCUCCCAAGAUGAAAGAGCUACUAGCAGAGUUAGCAAUGGUUGAUGAUGAAAUAGCUCGACUUGAAAGCCAAAUCAGCCAGCUUCAAAAUGAUUUGAGUUGUGAAAAAGAAGCCAGUAAGGAAUCAAAAUGGAAACAAUUUCAGCAUGAAACUCUGAACAACCCCAAGGGAUACUCGUCGCUUCCACCAAAUCCGAGCCCCACAAACAAAGGAGUACUUAAUGGAAGAGUGGUUUAUGAGACCAAGGCAUUGCAUUUCAUAAGCAAAGCCAUAAAGGGUGAUUACUUCAGCAGUAACGAGCAAUUAAGAAACUCGACAGCACUCUCUAAUCAGAAGGAAAAUCAUUUCCAUGACGAGGUUGUGUGUCAAGACAAGGCUCCAAGAAGAAGUGGGAUGCUGAAACCACCCUCACCCCUGCGAGAGCCAAGAAAUCUAACCCCCAAGAGAGAACGAAAUGUAGAGAACCCCUCAGAGCUCCCACCGAGAGCUUUAGCUAGCCCAAUACAAUCAGAAGAAGAGAGCAUUCAUAAGUGGUCACCCAACAAGCUAUCUGAGAAUAUCAUGAAGUUCUUGAUCUUCGUUUAUGUCAGACUACUUCGGAAUUCAAGAGCUGUGGAGCUAGAGAAAACAGGUCCCACUUCCAGAACUGCAAAUAUUUCAUUAGGCUCAAGAAGCUUCAGGGUCGACACUGUCCCAAAACCAAAGGCAAGCCUUAAAUUACAGAAAGAAUCAAAGCAACAAGACCCCUAUGACAUCUUUGAAAUGGAAGAGUCUAUUCCAAGGGAUAUUGGCCCUUACAAGAACUUGGUGAGAUUCACAUCAAGCUCUUUGGACCCAAAAUACAUCUCGAAUCCAAGUUUUACUCCUUUAUUCCAAAGGUUAAGGGUCUUAAUGAACAGUCUCCAGAAGGUGGACUUGAGAUCAUUGACAACACAACAGAAACUAGCAUUCUGGAUCAAUAUAUACAAUGCUUGUAUAAUGCAUGGAUUUCUCCAAUACGGAGUGCCUUCUAGCCCGGAAAAACUGCUUACUUUGAUGAACAAGGCAACCCUCAACAUUGGUGGCAAUACAAUAAAUGCUCACACGAUUGAGCAUUUUAUUUUGAGAAAACCAGCAUCUGUACUCUUAAAAGAGAUUUUUCGGAAGGGUGGAAAGGAUGACACAGAAGCCAUUGUUCGCGAACUUUAUGGACUGGAUUCAUCAGAUCCCAAUGUCACAUUUGCCCUUUGCUGCGGGUCACAUUCUUCUCCAGCCGUAAAGAUAUACACAGGUGAUGGAGUUUCAGUUGAGUUGGAGAAAUCAAAGCUAGAAUACUUGCUAGCUUCAAUUGCGGUGACAAGCACAAAGAGGAUUGCACUCCCAGAGCUUCUGCUUCAAAACAUGCAUGACUUCGCACAAGAUGUGGACUCAUUACUUCAGUGGGUUUGCCACCAGUUACCUACAUCUGGUUCAUUGAGGAAAUCAAUGGUGGAUUGCUUUAGGGGCCUCAACAGAGGCAAGAUAUCUAGCAUUGUUGAUAAGAUACCAUAUGAGUUUGAGUUUCAAUAUUUGUUGCCAAUAUAAGAUACAAGGAGUUUGAGUUUCAAUCUCUCUCUGUCCCCAAUGUAAAUGUUCUAUAAUUUUUUAGUCAUAGAAUAUUUCUUGAUUUGGUGACAAAUGGCUAGAGAUCUGUAAAAGUUGAUGAAAUAAAUUUUCUACACUUUUUAACUAAAACAA